AUGUUUUGGCUAAUUCUGGUAUUUUGCGUUCUCCCCAGCACUGCAUUGGACUUCACGAAGGAUGAGAACAUCUGGUCAUGUUUAUUAGGAAUACUGCCGAUUCAUCUCUACCGAUUUGGUAUGGAUCAAAUGGUUGUUCAGAGAUAUCUGGCAGCCAGGACACUCGAAGAAGCAAAAAGAAGUGCUCGAGUUGGAACGGCACUGUGGGCACUAUUCAAUUUAGUGCUAACGGCGUUGGGAAUUUUCCUCAUCUACUGGUUCAGAGACUGUGACCCGCUAUUACUAGGGGACAUCAAGCAACUCGACCAGCUCCUGCCAUUCUACGUAAAGAAGCACCUCACUCAAUAUCCAGGAUUUUCCGGGCUCUUUCUUGCUGGAAUUGUCUCGGCGGCCACAAGGUAUUUGAAACAUGGCAGGCCUAUCGAACGAUUGAAAUAA